UGGUGGGAGCUCCCUACGAAUCCAACGGGCAGCAGAAAACCGGAGACGUCUACAAGUGUCCGGUGCUGAGUGACAACCACGGAAACUGCACCAAGCUCAACCUGGGGCGGGUGACGCUGUCCAACGUGUCGGAGCGCAAGGACAACAUGCGCCUGGGCCUGAGCCUGGCCACCAACCCCAGGGACAGCAGCUUCCUGGCCUGCAGCCCCCUGUGGUCCCACGAGUGUGGCAGCUCCUACUACACCACGGGAAUGUGUUCCCGCGUCAACUCCAACUUCCGCUUCUCCAGAACCGUGGCUCCGGCUCUGCAGAGAUGCCAGACCUACAUGGACAUCAUCAUCGUUCUGGAUGGAUCCAACAGCAUUUAUCCAUGGGUUGAAGUCCAGCACUUCCUGAUAAACAUCCUGAAAAAGUUUUACAUCGGUCCUGGACAGAUCCAGGUGGGAGUGGUGCAGUACGGAGAGGACGUGGUCCAUGAGUUCCAUCUGAACGACUACAGGUCCGUGCAGGACGUGGUGGCGGCCGCCAGCCACAUCGAGCAGCGCGGGGGCACCGAGACCAGGACCGCCUACGGCAUCGAGUUCGCUCGCUCGGAAGCGUUUCGGAAAGGUGGCCGGAAAGGGGCAAAGAGAGUAAUGAUUGUCAUCACAGAUGGAGAGUCCCACGACAGCCCUGACCUGGAGAAGGUGAUCGAGGACAGCGAGAGGGACAACGUCACCAGAUAUGCGGUGGCGGUCUUGGGUUAUUACAACAGGAGAGGAAUCAACCCCGAGGCCUUUCUGAACGAGAUCAAAUUCAUCGCCAGCGACCCCGAUGACAAACACUUCUUCAACGUCACCGACGAGGCGGCCCUCAAGGACAUUGUGGAUGCCCUGGGAGAGAGGAUCUUCAGCCUGGAAGGAACCAACAAGAACGAGAUCUCCUUUGGACUGGAAAUGUCCCAGACUGGAUUUUCAUCCCAUGUUGUGGAAGACGGGAUCCUGCUGGGAGCAGUGGGAGCCUACGACUGGAACGGAGCUGUCCUGAAGGAGACCAGCAGUGGGAAGGUCAUCCCUCUGCGGGAAUCCUACCUGCAGGAAUUUCCAGAGGAGCUGAAAAACCACGGGGCCUACUUAGGUUACACCGUCUCCUCCGUCGUCUCCACCAAGCACGAGCGGAUCUACGUGGCGGGAGCGCCGCGGUUCAACCACACGGGCAAGGUCAUCCUGUUCACCAUGCACAGCAACAGGAACCUCACCAUCCACCAGGCCCUCAAGGGAGAGCAGAUCGGCUCCUACUACGGCAGUGAGAUCAAUUCCCUGGACGUGAACGGCGACGGCGUCACCGACGUGCUGCUGGUGGCAGCGCCCAUGUUCUUCAGCGAGGGCAGGGAGAGGGGCAAGGUCUACGUGUACUCCCUGCACGGGAGCCUCUUUGUUCCCAGCGGAGCCCUGGUGGACCUCCAGAGUUACCAGAAUUCCCGUUUUGGCUCCUGUAUCGCCGCCGUUCCCGACCUCAACCAGGACUCCUACAACGACCUGGUGGUCGGGGCCCCUCUGGAGGACGAGCACCAAGGAGCCAUUUACGUUUUCCUGGGAUUCCAGGAGACCAUCCUGAAGAAAUACAAGCAGCGGAUCGCGGCCGCCGACCUCGCUCCGGGCCUGAUGUAUUUUGGAUGCAGCAUCCACGGGCAGCUGGAUCUGAACGAGGACGGGCUCGUGGACUUGGCCGUGGGCUCACUGGGAAACGCCGUGGUGCUCUGGUCCCGCAGCGUGGUGCAGAUCAACGCCAGCCUCCGCUUCGAGCCCCCCAAGAUCAACAUCUUCACCAAGGACUGCAAGCGCAACGGGAAGGAGGCCACCUGCAUGAGGGCCUUCGUCUGCUUCACCGCCCUCUUCCUCUCUGCUCACUUCCAGACUGCCAGCGUGGGGCUCAGCUACAGCACGACCAUCGACGAGCGCCGCUACUCGCCCCGGGCGCACCUGGACGACGGCCGGGCGGCGCCGCGGGGGCUGGUGCUGCCCGCCGGGCAGGAGCUCUGCCACACCCUGCCCUUCCACGUCCUGGACUCGGCGGAUUACGUGAAGCCGGUGACGUUCUCCAUCGACUACGAGCUGGAGCACCCCGAGCACGGCCCCAUGCUGGACGAUGGGUGGCCCACCUCCCUCAGGGUCUCUGUCCCCUUCUGGAAUGGCUGCAACGAGGACGAGCACUGUGUCCCCGACCUGGUGCUGGAUGCCAGAAGUGACAUUCCCAGUGCUAUGGAAUUCUGCCGGAGGGCGCUGCGCAGGGGCGACUGCUCGGCCUUCAGCCUCUCCUUUGACGCCUCCGUCUUCGUCAUCGAGAGCAGCAGGAGGAGGGUGGCCGUGGAAGCCGUGCUGGAAAACCGCGGGGAGAACGCCUACAGCACCGUCCUCAACAUCUCCUUCUCCAGGAACCUCCAGUUCGCCAGCCUGAUCCCCAAGGAUGACAGCGACAUCAACAUCGACUGUGCCAGCGACGACAGACACCCCACCAGGAGGGUGUGCAACGUCAGCUACCCCUUCUUCCGAGCCAAGGCCAAGGUCGCUUUCCGCCUGGAUUUUGAAUUCAGCAAGUCCGUCUUCCUGCAGAGCAUGGAGGUCUACAUGGUUGCCAGCAGUGACAGCGAGGAGAAGGAGAGCACCAAGGAGGACAACGUUGCCCACCUCAACUUCCAGCUCAAGUACGAGGCCGACCUGCUCUUCACCAGGACGUCAAGCCUGGAUUAUUUUGAGAUCAGAUCCAACAAUUCCCUGGAUGGAUCCAACCCCAUCGGGCCCCCCUUCCACUGCACCUUCACGCUGCAGAACCUGGGAUUCUUCCCGGUGCAAGGGGUGACGCUAAAGAUCACCGUGCCCGUGGCCACCCGGGCGGGCAACCGGCUCCUGCUGCCCACGGAAUUCCGGGCAGACCAGGAAAACACGACCUGCAGCAUCUGGGGGAACACCACUGACUACCGGAGAACCCCGGCAGAGGAGGACCUGUCCCGCACCCCACACCUGAACCACAGCAACUCCGACGUGGUUUCCAUCGACUGCGAGGUGAAACUGGCUCCCAACGAGGAGCUGAACCUGCACCUGCGUGGGAAUCUGUGGAUGAAGUCUCUGAAAGCACUGAAGUUCAAGGCACUGAAGCUCACCACGAUCGCCGCGCUCCAGCGGCGCUUCCGGAGCCCCUUCGUUUUCCGGGAGGAGGAUCCCAGCCGCCAGAUCACGUUUGAGAUCUCCAAGCCCGAGGAAUCGCAGAUUCCCAUCUGGAUCAUCCUUGGGAGCACCUUUGGAGGUCUCCUGCUCCUGGCCCUGCUGGUCCUGGCGCUCUGGAAGCUCGGGUUCUUCAAGAGCGGGAGCCGCCGGCGAGCGGCCGAACGGGAGCAGAAUUCCCACGGGAUGGAGUGACUCUGCCGGGGCCAGGAGCCCCCUCCCAGCUCCGGAGAUUCCCGGGAUCCCGAGGGAUUUGGGGGCUGUGCUUGGCUUUGCAGCAGGAUGACAGAACACUCCUUGUGGGACGGCACUUAAAAGCCAUAAAAAACCCCCUCAAACCAAGUGAAAAUUCCCCAAAAAACUCCUCGGAGGUGCUUUCGACUGGGAUUGCAUUAAAAAAAGACCUCAAAUCAACCAAAAAUUCCCCAAAAAUCUCCUCAGAAGUUCUUCCAACUGGGAUUUCACCAGGGUGGCAGCAGUGGGGACGAGGGGACACCGGUGUGAGGGGUCCCUGAUGUGGAGCUGGAAAACUCCUUAAAAUAAAAAUAUUAUCCCCAAAAAAUCCCCCAUGGAUUGCUCCUUCCCAUGGCGGAGCUGUCGCAGAUCCCGGGCUCUGCUGGCCACGGCUCUCAAACUGCCUUCGUUAACAGGAGUAAUUAAGUGGAGGCGUUAAUUAGUCUGAAUGCACUGAAUGAAAUUCUUGUGAUUUCAAGCACCUUAAAUGCCAACUCUCCAGUGUCCGGCUGUACAUAAUUCUUCUAAAAACGGGAAGGAAAGGAGGGGGGGGAUAAUUAAAAAUCCUGCCAAAAAAAAGAAAACCAAAAAACAAACCACAAACUUAGAAAUAAUUUUGAAAAAAAUUUAAAAUCGUGUAAAGAAUUAAUUAAGAAGCAGUUUGAUGAGUUUCAUCCCAGCAGAGCAGCUUGGGGAGCCCACAUGUAUCAUACCUGUACAUAGCUGGUGCCAUGGAAAUCAUGGAAUUUUAAGGGCAGGAAUGCCCUUGGCAUAGCGGAAUUAUUUAUGCUAAUAUUAAUUUUAUGGAGAAGAGGGAAGAGGAUUUUUCUGGAUGC